AAAAUAUCCCGAGAGGAGCAAAAGUGGAUAAGAAAAACUAUGGAAAAAAGAGAAAUAAGAGUCCGACUCCGUCCUCCCUCACCAGUCUUCUUCUUCUCCCUCAGUCGUCUGUAGCCGGCGUUGGACAUGGCUGUCUCGGUAGCAUGCUGCGGCGUCUCCUUCGUAAAUGCACCCGCUAAACUCCUCCAAUCUUCGUCAGCCCUCUGUUUCCGAGCUAGCUCGAGUUGUAAACUAAACCCAGAGAAGAAGAAGUACACAUUGAGAGUGAGAGAUGAACAUAGUAGUAACGAUGGACCCCAACCGAUGGCUUUCAAGUCGUCGCCGUUUGGGUCUUCUCAACAGAAAAAGGAUAAAAAGGAGUCUCAGCCUACUGAUUUGCGGCAGACUGAUCCUGCCAAGAUUCACGAUGCUUCCUUUCUCGACGCCGUUGUUAAGGUUUACUGCACUCAUACAGCGCCUGAUUACUCCCUCCCUUGGCAGAAGCAACGACAGUUUACCAGCACUGGAAGUGCUUUUAUGAUUGGAGAUGGCAAGCUCUUGACCAAUGCCCACUGCGUCGAACAUGAUACCCAGGUUUACUUUCCCCUUCUUUUCUACUUUCCCCUUUUCUUCUUCUUCUUCUUAACUUUCUUUCUUGAUCAGGUUAAAGUUAAGAGAAGAGGAGAUGAUAGAAAGUACGUGGCUAAGGUUUUGGUAAGAGGUGUGGACUGUGACAUCGCUUUGCUCUCUGUAGAAAGCGAGGAUUUCUGGAAAGGAGCUGAACCACUUCGCUUUGGCCAUUUACCCCGCCUUCAGGAUUCAGUUACUGUCGUUGGGUAUCCUCUGGGAGGAGAUACUAUCUCUGUUACAAAAGGGGUUGUAUCACGUAUCGAGGUAACAUCAUAUGCUCAUGGAUCAUCUGACUUGCUUGGCAUUCAAAUCGACGCAGCAAUUAAUCCAGGGAAUAGUGGUGGCCCUGCUUUCAACGACCAGGGGGAAUGUAUUGGAGUAGCAUUUCAGGUUUACAGAUCCGAAGAGACCGAAAAUAUUGGAUACGUUAUUCCAACAACAGUUGUUUCUCACUUCUUGACUGAUUAUGAGAGGAACGCAAAGUACACUGGUUACCCUUGCCUUGGAGUAUUGCUGCAGAAAUUGGAAAAUCCAGCUCUGCGGGAGUGCCUAAAAGUCCCUACAAAUGAGGGGGUGUUGGUGCGAAGAGUUGAACCUACAUCUGAUGCAAGUAAAGUCCUGAAGGAGGGAGAUGUGAUUGUAAGUUUUGAUGAUCUACGUGUGGGAUGUGAAGGAACUGUACCCUUCAGAUCAAGUGAACGCAUUGCAUUCCGUUAUCUCAUCAGUCAAAAAUUUGCAGGUGAUAUCGUAGAGCUUGGUAUCAUUAGAGCAGGAGAACCUAAGAAAGUUCAAGUUGUUCUGAGGCCAAGAGUGCACCUGGUCCCGUACCAUAUUGAUGGAGGUCAGCCAUCAUACAUAAUAAUUGCUGGUUUGGUGUUUACUCCGCUCUCAGAACCCCUGAUAGAGGAGGAAUGCGAGGACAGCAUAGGCUUGAAAUUGCUAACAAAGGCACGCUACUCCGUGGCAAGGUUCAGAGGAGAACAAAUCGUCAUCCUAUCACAGGUUUUGGCAAAUGAAGUAAACAUUGGCUAUGAAGACAUGAACAACCAGCAGGUCCUGAAGUUCAAUGGAACUCAUAUAAGAAACAUCCAUCAUCUGGCACACCUCAUUGACAUGUGCAAUGACAAGUACCUGGUUUUUGAGUUUGAAGACAACUAUGUCGCCGUGUUGGAGAGAGAAGCUUCGAAUUCGGCUUCUUUGUGCAUCCUCAAAGACUAUGGAAUUCCCUCAGAAAGAUCCGCUGAUCUGCGUGAGCCAUAUGUAGAUCCAGUACAUGACAACGAAGCACUUGACCAAGGUUUUGGAGACAGCCCUGUGUCAAAUCUAGAAAUUGGCUUCGAUGGACUGGUGUGGGCAUAAGGGUUCAGAGAAACAGAGUUUAAAAAAAAAAAAAAAAAUCCGCAGACGGAAGCUGCUGGGAGCUUCCCAUAGCCUAUGGGAAAGCUCUCAGAUUCAUACUCAUUCAUAAGGUCUUGACCUGUUCCAAGCUCAGUUUAUUUAUUUCUUCAGAUCUCUAGGGGCUGAAUUUGAUAGAAAAUUCCCCAUAAGAUUGUUCUCCCUUGUGUUCAGAUGAGUGUAGUAGUCUAGUGGAAGAAAGUCAACAUUUUAUACUUAAUGUCUGAUUUUGAUGAGAAAUGAAAUGCAGUAAUGUCUGCUCUUACCAUAA